GUAGGGGGGUCACAAUUCAUCAAUUGUCCAAUACUUGUUAUUCUUGCGGUCACUAUUUCGAUUCUAUCUCUCCUAAUGAAUCAUCAAAGAUUUUAACUAUAGCUUUUGCAAAAUAAACAACAGCCACUGGAAAAUAAGCAAGCUCCCUGAACAACAAAGGUUAAUAUCGAUGUGGCUUCAAAGGGGUUAUUAGAUUGAAUGAUAUAUAUGUUUUAAUCUUGACACAUAUAUUGAAGCGUUCGAUCGGGCUUUUUAGUGAUUGAGCUAUGACCACAGGGUCAAGUAUAGCAGUGCAAUUAGCCUAGUUUGACGUAAAAGGUUUUAAUUAACGUUUAAGUGUCUAAAAAUAAACAUGGACAUGUUACAAGUCAUACCACAUGUGAUUUACUAUAUCGCGAGUAAGUGCCAUAGAAUGGCAAAAAUACUAAAUAUUACAGAGAUAUCGUCGGUACAAAGACUAGCACUACAUUUUCCUAGAGUGCCUUGUUUCGUAUUAAGAAGCUUCAGAUUCAAUCGGAAGUAGAUAAUAUGCGACCCUGAAUCAAUCAAAAAGCUAUAGACAGAGGAGCACAGCUUCAAAAUCUAAUUUUAGGCUAGUUUACAGGGGUUUUAACCAUUCCACAAUCACAAUGGUCAAAGUCACUUCAAUCAUCUUAGCUUCAGGAGCUUUGUUCCAUAGUGCAGUAGCCACAACAUAUGCCCAAUUCUGUAAUGACAAUAACUGUGAAGAAGGUUGCGGUGGCAGUGUUAGUGUCGACAAUUCAGCUUGCCUGGUAGAAAAUGGGCGUGGAAGUGUAAAGUUCCAUGAUACUAACUUCGGAUCUGUGAGCUUGAUAGCCACGAACAACGACCAAUGCAGUUGUCAGGCAUUUUGCUAUCCACACGUUGUGAAAGCAUUAGCAACUUCAAAUGACUGCUUGGACUUGAAAGAUCCACUGCACAACUUCAAGUCUUUCAGAUUUGUAAACGUAGAUUUGGCUGGCGGAUGCAGUACUGAUGAAAACACAUGUGAUGGUAGCGUCCAAUAAAUGUCUCGCACUAUAAUUGUAACAUUUUGAAUGAAUAUAUAAUCAGUUAUA